UUCUCCGCUAGAAAAAAAAUGUGUAUAAAAAUUAGUUUUCAAAAAAUGGAAAAUCUGUAGUGUUAACAAACAAAACAUUUAAAAAAUUGUGUCCCUACAUUUUGUUGUUGCGAAGAACUGGACAAAAAUUUGCAAACCUGUCAGAUCAGAACUGAUAUCUGGUGAUGCAGUCCAAUUUGUUUCCAGAGGAUGCGUUAUUCAACUAUUGGAAUGAGUUCGAUGGUGGAUUGCUUGGCUAUCAUCCUCCAGUCGUUAAUCUGCCGCAUCCUCCACAUUUGGGACCGCCCCCACAUCAAUUCGAUAACGGUUCUUAUGGUUUCCUACCUCCGCCAGUAGUAAACGGAAUCAAUUGCCCCUUGGGUCCUAUCCCUCCAUUGGGUCGAAUAUGCCAGCAAAAUCCCAACCCGUUGGUUGGCCAGAUUCCACGAAACUAUCACAGAUCGUAUGGACCGCCACCUGGUCUUCCAACUUCAUCAGCAAUGCAACCCGGAUCGCAACUUCCGCCACCUCCAUUGAUUGGACAAAAUGGUUUUCCGGGGUUUCAGCCACAACUUGGGCUUCCUUUCCCACAAGCUUUGCAACCGCUUCCUGUAGAGCUUCCUCGAGAGAAAACUCCCUUCAACGAAAUGGGUCAAACAGAACAAGUGGUAAUCAAAAAUGGUCAAGUGUUCCACAUAAGUUUUAUAGAUGAACCAACAGGAGAACCAACAACAACUUCCGUCUCAUCAGUUCAAGGUAACGAAAGUUCGGAAGAAAAUGAAAGGGACUGGAUUAACUAUGACGAGCUGCCCCUGCUGGCAAAUGCAAAAGGAAACAAAACGAGCAAAAGCGAGUUAAAGUGUGGUUUAUGUGACAAGGAAUUCAAAACGACUCCCUGUUCAUGCGUUCAUGAACAGACACACAAAACGGUUCGUUUGGACUGUAAAGUGUGUGGUAAAAGGUUCAAUCGGAUUGGUAAAUUAGAACAUCACACGAGUAAACAUCACCAUGCAUCUUUGGCAGAAGAAAUUGAAACCAAUGAUCCAGCGACACCGGUAAAAAGUACUUGCAGCACUCCGCUUUUAAGCGAUUUUAGCAAUUAUUGCGUUGAAUGUGAGGAGUUUUUCUCUUCCGAAGAAGAUCUUCAAAGUCACAUGGAGUUGAACCAUCGGCUUAUAGACGACGAAUCUAAAUCCCUAGUGCUGAAAAAGUCUUUCGGUUGUUCUUACUGUGAUGAAGCGUUCGAAUGGCCUUGCAUGCUGAAAACUCACAUGACCAAGCAUACCGGCGAAAAACCAUUCAUCUGCGAGCAAUGCAACGUUUCUUUCCGAUUCGUUCAAAGUUUCUAUCGACACAACCGACGAGUCCACGGUCGAGAAAAGUAAUCGAAUAAUUAAAGCGCUCGUAUGCGAAUCAUCGCUACGAAUUCUACGUCAUCAUUGCAGGCAAGUGUUGCACAACAUUUUAUUCAAGUAUUGAUAAAAAAAACCCUUCAAACAAUUCUUAAGAGAUUACAGCAUCGCAAAUAAAUCUGCACAAACAAAAAUCAUCGUCACCAUGUAUCCUAUCUUAAAAUAUUCUCGAAGUAUGUUCGACAUUCGAAUCGAAAAUUUCUCUUCGUUAAAGUUUUCUGACAAUUUUGAUACUUCUGUAAUUAGUAUAAUUUUUCAUUGGUUACUUAACUGAUUGGAUACUUCAAUCUGUGUUAUAAAGAUAUACUUAUUUACCUGUUUAUUACUAUGAUUAAGAGCAAAAAAAAUCUGUGUUAUGUAUGAUGAAUAUCAAUUCUAUUGUAAACCGUUUAGAGGCAUCCCUAUACGAUAGGAAUUUUUCCCAGCUGUUACCUCCCGUUAAAAACCAGGUUAAGGUCUAACUUAACAUAUUUUAAAUUCGCUUUAAAUUUAAAAAACCUGCAAGAAAUACUUUUUUGAUUCAAUAAGUUCAUUUGUGUAGUAAACAAUUGGAUUAUAUUACCUAAUAAAAU